AUGGCUCCAGUAAUUUUAGUAUCAAAUCGUGAAGAAGAUUCAAUGAAUACUGAACCAUCACUGAGUGGUCGGCAGGUUAUUGGAAUUAUAUACCCACCACCAGACAUCAGAACAAUCGUGGAUAAAACAGCAGCAUUCGUCGCGCGAAAUGGCGUUGAUUUUGAGAAUAAAAUUCGUGAAAAAGAAGCUGCGAAUCCAAGAUUCAGUUUUCUUAAUGCAACUGAUCCAUACAAUGCUUAUUAUCAACAUAAAGUUACUGAAUUUCGUGAAGGUUUAGCAAGUGAACCUGUUAUACAUCGACCACAGAUACCUGAGGCUGUAAAAGAACAUGUCAAGCAAGCAGAAUUUAUACCUCGUAAUCCUCCACCUCCUUUUGAAUUCGAUGCAGAUCCAGCAACAAUAAAUGCUUUUGACCUUGAUCUUAUAAAACUUACUGCAUUAUUUGUGGCUCGUAAUGGACGGCAGUUUUUAGCUGCAUUGAUGAACCGGGAAAUAAGAAAUUAUCAAUUUGAUUUUUUAAGAGGACCGCAUUCGAACUUUAAUUAUUUCACUCGACUUGUUGAGCAGUAUACCAAGGCUAGUUUCACUGAUCUGAUUAUCGUUCCUGCUACAGCGAUUGUAGAUGAUUUAAAAGCUGAAGAAGGAAAUACAAAAAAAUUAUUGGAAAAUGUCAAAUAUCGUGUAGGUUGGGAGAAAUAUCAGCGAGCACAAAAAGAAAAAGAAGACGCAGAAUUGGAAAGGGAGCGGCUUGCUUAUGCACAAAUAGAUUGGCACGAUUUUGUCGUUGUGCAGACUGUUGAUUUUCCAACAAAUGACGCAGCCACACUUCCUCCAUUUUGUACGCCAAAGGAUGUCGGUACCCGAAUACUUAUGCAGCAGCGACAAGAGGCAGCAGCCAAAGCAGCAGCUGAGCAAGCCGUCGAAAUGGAUGUCGAAUCAGAUUCAGAUGACGAAAAUAGAAUUCGAAACGAGGUUGAAGAAGAUGCUAUAGAUAAUAUUGAAGAGCCUCAGAAGAAAGCUCCUUAUGAGGUUACUCAACCGAUGCCUGCUCCACCUUCUGAAGAAACUGUAUUGAUACGCGAAUAUGAUCCGAAGAAAGCUGUAGCACAAAAGAAGACGGCUGAUAAAUGGAUUAUCUCGCCAUUAACAGGCGAACGCAUUCCUGCAGAUAAGUUACAAGAACAUAUGCGAUAUAACACAGUGGAUUCGCAAUAUAAAGAGCAAAGAGAAAGAGAAUUAUCUGAUCGCAACGAGGAAGAGCCUGUAUAUGCUCCCGGAGCGGAUAUUAGUACUAAUAUUGGCAAAUUCGCCGAGAGGCGUACAGAUAUUUUCGGUCAUGGUGCAGAACAGACUAUUAUCGGCAAAAAGCUAGGUGAAGAAGAAGAAGCACCUCGUGGUCCUGAUCCAAAAUUGAUUUGGGAUGGACAACAAUCAACUAUUGAUCAGACUACUAAACUUGCUCAACAAAGUAUCACAUUAGACCAACAAAUUAAUGAGAUACACAAACAACAUGGAUAUGUAGCUGAUCCAAGCAAAGAACGCAUUGGGCCUGGUCCAGUUCCUCCACCAUCGACUCAGCCAUCAAUUCCUAUUUCACAAGCACCUCCAGCUGCAAAUUCUGUCCUACCCACGACUCCUACUACUGUCGUUUCUGCUACACCACCAACUCAGUCUGCACCUCGACCUCCAGUUCCACCUCCACCGAGAAUGCCGGCCGCAGUUCCUGCUCCUCGAUUGUCAGUGCCCGUUUCUGGAGCUCGACCAGCAGUGUCAAUUCCUUCGUUGCCACCUAUGCCACCUCGGCCACCAACUGCCGGAACACCACAAAUCCCACAACCUCGACCUCCACCGCCAGGUUUUCCUUCGAUCCCUUUCCCCAGCGCAGCACCAAUAUCGAUGACACCAAUACCACAACCAGUCACGGUGCCAACAUUGCCUCAAGCAGUUAAUAUACCACCAAUCCGGCCUCCAAUUGCUGUACCAAUAAUACCGAUGCCAACAAUGCCCCAGGCUACACUUCCUCCUAUUAACGGCAUUCCAGCUGCUGUGCCUUCUGCUCCAUGUGAAAAUAUACCACCACCUCCUGACUCUGAUGGUCCACCGCCUAUCAAAAAAGCUCGAACAGAAGAUGAAUUAGAAAGUGAAAGUGAUUGGCUUUCUAAGGUUUCUGGGUCUAUUGAUGUUGGCGUGCAGACACCAGCUAAUUCGACCAAUCCGGAAUGGAAAUUGGAUGGAUCGAUAAUUAAUGUUUCGAUGGAUGUCGCUGCACCGGUUUCCACUUUGAAGAGUGCUGUACAAGAUAUGACUGGGCUUCCUUGUUCGAAACAAAAACUUGUAUUUGAGGGGUUCUUCCUAAAGGAUGCGUGUUCUCUGGCGUAUUAUAAUAUGAAAUCUGGAUCAGUCGUGCAAUUGCAAAUCAAAGAACGUGGUGGAAAGAAAAAAUAA